UUUAAAAAAUCAUGAAAGAUGUUAAUAAAUCACCGUGGAUCCCUGAAUUUGCAUGCAUUAAAAAUGAACGAUGACCUUCGAAAUCAUAUGUUGUAAUAAUGCAAUGCAAUGCAAGUGAGUUUGUCUUCAUUUGGUGACCAUGCACACGACCUUAACAAACUGGUGUCAGUGCAACAAAGCUUUCACCUUUCUCAUUCCCCACAAACCCAAAUCCCUCAUUCUACUCUCUCUUCCAUUCUCAUCUCUCUCAUUUCAACCCUCACAGCACACUAUUGCUACCAUCGUCCACACUCUCUGUGACUCCAACCGUUUCUCCGAAGCUCACCAACGUUUCUCCCUCUUCCUCUCCUCCGGUUCAAUCCCCGACCACCGAACAUGUAACCUCCUCCUCGCACGGUUACUCCGUUCCAAAACCCCAUUCCAAACCUGGUCUCUUUUUAAAUCAUUGAUCCAAAUCAAACCUGGUUUUGUUCCCUCUUUGGUUAACUACAACCGUUUGAUGGAUCAGUUUUGCUUGAUUCAUCGACCGUUGGAUGCUCACCGGUUGUUUUUCGACAUGAAGAAUCGUGGGCAUUGUCCCAAUGUUGUUUCUUAUACUACUUUGAUUAAUGGGUACUGUUCAGUUGGUGGAAUAAGGGAUGCAAUGAAGGUGUUUGAUGAAAUGCUUGAAUGUGCUUUAGAGCCAAAUUCGAUGACUUAUAGUGUCUUGAUUCGUGGAUUUCUUCGGGAAAGGGAUUUGGAAGGUGGUAGAGAGUUGAUGUGCAAGUUGUGGGAGAGAAUGAAAGUGGAAGUUGAAUUGGGUGUGAAGGUUGCUGCUUUUGCAAAUUUGGUUGAUUCUUUGUGUAAAGAAGGGUUUUUUAAUGAAGUUUUUGAGAUUGCAGAAGAGAUGCCAUUUGGAAGUAGUUUGUCUGAGGAGGUUGUUUAUGACCAGAUGAUUGAUUCAUUCUGCAAAGUUGGAAGGUAUCAUGGAGCAGCUAGGAUUGUUUAUUUGAUGAGGAAGAGAGGGUUUGUUCCAAGUGAUGUGUCCUAUAAUCAUAUAAUACAUGGACUUAGCAAGGAUGGUGCUUGUAUGAGGGGUUAUCAGUUGUUAGAGGAAGGAGCUGAAUUUCGAUUCUCGCUGUGUGAGCAUACUUAUAAGGUAUUGGUGGAAGCUCUUUGUCGUGUAUUGGAUGUGGACAAGGCAAGGGAAGUUCUGAAACUCAUGUUGUGUAAGGAAGGUGUUGACAAGACUCAGAUUUACAACAUCUACUUGAGAGCUCUUUGUCUUGUUAAAAAUCCAACAGAGCUUUUAAAUGUGCUUGUGUCUAUGCUUGAGAGCCAUUGUAAAGCUGAUGUUAUUACGCUCAACACAGUUAUCAAUGGGUUUUGCAAGAUGGGGAGGGUUGAUGAAGCUUUAAAAGUAUUGGAUGACAUGUUGAUGGGUAAAUUUUGUGCACCUGAUGUUGUGACAUUCACUACAUUGAUUUUUGGUCUAUUGGAUGCUGAAAAAGACUAUGAAGCUCUUGAUCUGUUCAAUCGAGUGAUGCCUCAAAAUGGUUUGAAGCCUGGUGUUGUAACAUAUAACGCUCUUAUCAGAGGUCUAUACAAACUAAAGAAACCAAACGAUGCACUCAAGGUUUUUAAUAACAUGGCGAGCGAAGGCAUUACUCCAGAUAGUACCACUUAUACGGUUAUAGUAGAAGGUCUAUGCAAAUGUGAUCAAAUAGAAGAGGCAAAGAGUUUUUGGCAGAGUGUUAUAUGGCCUUCAGGGAUCCAUGAUAAUUUUGUUUAUGCAACCAUUCUGAAAGGGCUAUGUGGCUCUGGCAAAUUUAACGAGGCUUGUCAUUUCUUGUAUGAAUUGGUAGAUUCUGGAGUCAUUCCAAAUAUAUAUAGCUAUAAUAUUCUGAUCAACUGUGCUUGCAAUCUAGGUUCGAAAAGUGAAGCUUACCAAAUUUUUAGAGAGAUGAAUAGGAAUGGAGUGGCCCCUGAUUGUGUGACAUGGAGGAUUCUUUACAAGUUACAAAGCAAAGUGAGGAAACACUCCAAAUCUGAAGAUCCAACAAUUUAUGAGGGUGAUGACAUGGAUAAUAAAGCAAUUCAGGAUAUAAGGAAAUGGAAUUCUGUUUUUACUUCAAGUGGUAAACCUUUGGAUUUUACCAGAUAACAAUGAAGCUUGGUUAUUAUUAUUAAUGUAUGUUAUGAUAAAAUGGGACAUUAGGAACAGAGUUGAAAGAGAGUAAGUUUGAGAUAAAUUUUGUUGAAGAUUAUGAAGCUACUGGUGGGAGUGCUGUGAUGCUGUGCUGAAAGGAAAAUUUCAAUGUGUUUUAUACAGAACGGGUGGUGCAUGUAUCAGCGACUAGUUUACUGAUAAAAGUUCGUAGACUCUCCGACUAUGAGACCAUGAGAUGAAAUGUUCUACACCAAGUUCAAUCCAGCAAUCAGUUUGUGAUAACUAGCUAAAUAGUCUAACAAAAGUUUGUACACUCUCCAACUGUGAAACCAUGAGAUGAAAUCUUCUACACCAAGUUCAAUCCAGCAAUCCGUUUGUGAUAACUAGCUAAAUUUGUCGUGCCUGAUUGAAACUGCGGCGAGAAGCCAAAUUCUUGCGUUUGAAGGCAUUGCUACUGCAGAAGCUGUCUCUAGUUGCUUCAUAUUAGCUUGAUGGUGAGGAUGGAAAUCUUACAUUCAUUCAACUGUCACGACUCAUAAUAGUGUAGAAAGAAAUCAAAAGGAAAAAGAAACUAGAACUUCCAAAACUCCAUGAAUUGCAUCCCCCUAGUAUCAGCUUGAAAGGGGCAGCUUAGUCCAUGAGUAGGAAUCUCAGAAGUCUUGAAAUUAUCUUUUUUUAUUGCGCAUAAUUGGCCUAGCAAUCUGCACAAGUAUUGCCCUCUCUUCUUGUAUGAGCCAACUUUACUGUCUAAUCUCGAUCCAACAUGUCCUGGAUGCUUUGAAUUAUGGCAGCUUAACAAUACAUAGUCUGAUCAGGACUUGAAAAAAUAAAAGAUAAAAUCUUUUGUCGUAA